GCUGGCUCCGCCCCCAUGUACCUGUACAGCAGGAAUUCAGCAGGUGGGAGCAUGCUCAGCCAUUCCUUCUCGUGCUCGGCCGAGCUGACAAACAACAGCCGAGUGCUGGACCUUCAAAAAGAAAAAGCAGACAUGGAGGAGAUGACGAUAUGGGAGCAGCACACGGUCACGUUAUCGAAAGAUUCCAAGGUCGGCUUUGGUUUUGCGGUCUCAGGUGGGCUUGACAAGCCAGUAAACGGGGACACAGCAGUGGUGGUCUCUGACGUGCUUCCCAGCGGGCCCGCCAUGGGUCGUCUUCAGACACGGGAUCAGAUAGUUAUGGUGAAUGGCGUUUCGAUGGAGAAGGUCACCUCACUUUACACUAUUCAAAAUCUGAGGAACUGUGGGAAAACGGCAAACAUUACUGUGAAGAGGCCACGCACAAUUCAGAUCCCUGCGAGCAACAGACCUACUCGUUCUGCCUCGCAGUCCAACAUACUAGACGACGAUAUGCCACAGAGGAGGGGUCAGCACAACACCGACCCCAGCCGUAACCGACGAACUCGAAGCGUGACACCUGACCGUAACGGUCACGACCUUCCUAUCAUGUCCGGCUUCAAGAGACUUCCCAAUCAGGAUGUGCAAGACAAACCCGUCAGAACAACCCUUAUCAAGAAAAAACCCACAGACGAGUACGGCAUGAAGUUGGGGAGCCAGAUUUUCAUCAAACACAUGACUCCCACUGGUCUGGCUGCCAAAGAGGGAAGCCUUCAAGAAGGAGAUCUUGUUUUAAAGAUUAACGGCCUGACGACAGAAAAUCUGUCCUUGCUGGAGACCAAGCACCUGGUGGAGAAGUCUAGAGGUAAAUUGACCAUGUUGGUGUUGAGGGAUGACAGAAAGUUCCUCGUCAGCAUUCCUGAAGUGGAGGACAGUCCUCAAAACAGUGCCGACGAGAGGCGGCAAGACAGUAGCUCAGAGCUGGAGGAAAUCUCAGACCUGGAUUCUGACCUCCCCACAAACCGAACAUCCCGUCCAAGAGACCGUCGCUCUCGCAGAAAUCGUGCCAAUCCUGUGUCAAAACCACGAGAAUCGCCUCCUUUGCGCUCUACACUCACAAGACCACCCGCUCAAUCAAUGCCCCCUCGCAGAGUUCCCUCAGAAUCUGAAUCAGACCGCAGUAACUCGCCUCCAGCGUCAAGACAUGGCACUCUUGAUAACAGAGACCGAUACAAGGUUCUCUCCGGGAUCUCUGCGUUGCCAAACCCUCGAGCCUCACCUGUCACCCAGAACUGGAACUCCUCCACUGCCUCUCAGCCUCGCAGAGCCAUUUCUGAGUCCGAUUCAGACCGAAGCGCCUCUCCUCCCCCAAGGCGUGAGAGUCCCAAACCUGAAAAUCACUCCAGAUACAAGGUGCUUCCCGAUCUUCCUCCUCCGGGUAUGAAGUCCUCCUCUCUUAGCAUGUCUCAGGAUUUCCCUCGCCGCAUGGCGUCUCCUUACAGGCCUCCACCCAGAGCUGCAUCAGAGUCUGAAUCGGACGAUAGUACCGGACCUCAGCGCAGCCAGGAGUCGCACAAUAGAUACAGGGCGACACCUGAGGUCGUGUCAGUCCCUGUAAUGGAUCCCCCAAAAUGGGCAAAACCCUCAACUCCUGUACAGAGAGCUCCCUCAGAAUCUGAAUCAGAUGUAAGUUACAACUCUCCUCCGAGAACACAGUCUCCAAUCAGUAAAAACUCCAGAAGCAGACCAGGAGCUGAAAUGCAAGCGUCGGUCAUCAACAGCCGACAGGAUUCUUCACUCAGAGCCGCUCCUGCCAGACCACCCUCUGAAGAUUCCUCUGAAUCAGAAAGAGCCCCAUCGCCUGUCAGGAGAUCUGAGAGUCCCAGCCACAACAGCGAUCACAGUUUCCCACGUGCUAACGGCACUCUCCGCUCUAACGUGUCUGUUCCCAACCACACCAUUUUGAGUUCGAAAACUGUAGAGGAGCCACUUUAUUCACUUCCUCCAGACGCAGUGCCAACACCAAACCUGGGGUACAGCUCAGAUCAGAACCACGUCAGCUUUGUGAAGGAGGGCAAUGUUGGGUUGAGGUUGGUGGGAGGAAAUGAUGUUGGCAUCUUUGUUGGUGGAGUCCAGCCCAACAGUCCAGCCCAGAGACAAGGCAUGCAAGAGGGUGAUCAGAUACUGGAGGUGAAUGGUGUGGACUUCAAUCACUUCACCAGAGAGGAAGCAGCUAUGUAUCUCAUGAACAUCCGCGCUGGUGACCGUAUCGAUAUCCGGACUCAGAACAAAAUGGACAUCUAUAAGAAGAUUUUGAAGUCCAGCCUUGGUGACUCUUUCUACAUCCGUACACACUUUGACCACAUGGCUGAGAGCAGUAUUGGCUUGAGCUUCACCAGAGGCGAGGUGUUCAGAGUGGUGGACACUAUGCACCGCGGGAAGCUGGGAACCUGGCUAGCUGUGCGCAUGGGCAAUGAUCUACACGAGCUGGACAAAGGCACCAUUCCUAACCAGACCAGGGCUGAAACUUUGGCGAAUUUAGAGCAGGCACAGAGAAUUAGUGCAGCUGAACGCCAGGCCUCCGGCCCCAGAGCCGAAUUCUGGAAGUUACGGGGUCUCAGAGGGGCCAAAAAGAAUGUCAAAAGAACCCGCGAUGACCUCCUACAGUUGACGAUUCAAGGCAAAUUUCCAGCAUAUGAGAAAGUCAUUCUGAGAGAGGCCAAUUUCAAACGGCCUAUCGUCAUUUUGGGUCCUCUGAAUGACAUUACAAAUGAGAAGCUGGCCCGAGAGUUGCCAGAGGAAUUUGAAGUUGCAGAAAUGGUACCCAGAAGUGGAAGUGAAAGUUCAUCCAGUGUCAUCAAACUGGACACAGUGAGGCGAAUAGCAGAGCAGGAAAAGCAUCCCUUGCUGGACAUUACACCCAGUGCAGUAGAAAGAUUGAAUUAUAUCCAGUACCAUCCCAUGGUGCUCUUCUUGGAUCCUCAUAGUCGAAAAGACGUGAAGUCAAUGAGGCAAAAAUACAUGCCAGGCUCCAACAAGAGCUCUCGUCGCCUAUAUGCUCAGGCCUUAAAGCUGAGGAAACACUAUAGUCAUCUAUUUUCCGCACGUAUUGAUCUUCAGCCUAAUACAAACAUGUGGUAUGAUGUUUUGAAAGAUAAGAUUCGGCAGCAGCAAUCUAAACCGGUCUGGGUUUCUGAAGUUGCGGUAAGAACUCUAGAGAGAAUUAUGGUACUAAAUGGUGCACUCACAUCAUGUAGAAUUAACGUAAUUAUACGUUUUCAACUUAAAACCGACGGUGAGGCAAUUACGGAUGGUGAAGCCUACACAGACAACGAGGACCUGGAAGAGCCCUCUGUAGGCAUCGCCAGAAACCGCGGCACUGCACUGGCCCGCUCCUCGGAGCCUGCCACUGGGCAGAAUCAAAGUCCUGAACCUUCCUAUGACCCAGAGCCAUACCUGGAGGAAGAGCCCGAGUACACCCUACCUCCCGGGGAAAUACCUCCCAUCCUCCAUGUUCCAGAGCCCCGAUCUCCACGCUUUGUCCCUGGCAGUCCCCAACAACAAGACGAUGUCCCCUCACAGCGGAGUUUCUCAGAUUCAGACUUUAGUGCUGGUGACUUGGCUGCACCACCAGCACCUUCCGAUGUUCCGCCCAACUUUAGGGCACCAGAUCCCAAAGAAGUCCAAUCAGAGACCCCUCCACUGUCAGCCAUAGAGGAGAAACUACAACAGGCCCGUAUGGCAGAACCAGAAAGGAAACCCUCCCCUUCAUUUAUAGUACUGGCACAUCAUGAAGCCAUGCAAAUGCGGAGAACACAGAUCAGAGGAAGCGACAGUGACAGCGAUGAAGACGACAGAGAUGAUGAUUUUAGUGUAGAUGAUGAUGAAACUGAUGACAUUGAAUGGGGACCUGCAACAGAGCUGUAAUACACAUGGAUCACACUAACAUGGACCUCUCAUGUCUUAGUGUAGACAUGUACAUUUACACAAACAAACUGGAAAUAUUUUUUUAUUUCCAGUGUUUUUUAUACAGUGUCCUUAUGGACUUGUGAUAGAUGACUGUAAUCUUGGAUCGAUUUUGAAGAUUUGUGACCAGAAUUGCUUCCUUUUGUGGGUUUCGUAGUUUUAAUGGAUGUGCUGAGAUCUUCCUCAGGAUUAUAUGAAAAAUAAAUAUUGCCAGUUGUAA